AUGGACGGUAGGAAAGAUGUAGUGGGUGCUACCGACACUGCUACCGUGACCACAGCAGAAGCGGGUCGUAUGCCUCAAUUCACCUGUCCCUACUGUCAGCGUCUGUAUGUGUCGCUGACGUACUUUCGCAAGCAUCUAGCCGCUCAUGCACCCUCUCACUCAACCACCACCACUGUCUCAUCUACUGCUACCGGUGCUGUAGCCACAAAAUCUGCACUAACCACCGACUGCUCCUCUGGCUCCACCGCUGAUUUUUGCGAGGUAUUCACUGAAGAGGUCUCAUUGGGCUGUGAUCUUGGCCAGAAAAUUAGUCUGCAACAAGGUAGCUUACGGUCGGCAGUAAACAGGACGGUAAUGGCCAUGCAUCUCAUUUACGUGACCUCGGUCUGUGGUCAUCCGGACUAA